GUCUUCAUUAAUAAUAAUAUUAAAAAAAAUGUCGACUUAAUUAAAAAAAAUUAGUUAAAAUAAAAUAAUUAGCAUUAUAAAUACACACAUAGAGAGAGAGAGAAAAAAAAGAAAAAAAAACUAAAAGAAGGAAAUUAGCGGUGGAAGGAGUACUGUGUUUGGUGAUCAGUUAGCUAAGUAUAAGCUAGGGCGAGGUUGAAAGUGAAACCAUGUACAUCUUCUCCAUUAAUUAGUGUGAUUUAAUUGAAGAGGUGGUUAAAGUAAUACCCAAGUCUGAGAACAGACAAUAUGGAAUUCGAUGACCAAGACCCAGACGAAGAUAUGGGGGAGAUCCCCAUGGCUCCACUGGGCUACGACUCCUCGGGUGCUAGAACCAAAACUGGGGGAGUAGAACCUGACGGUGGGACCUCAAGUACAAACUCCAGGAAGGGCGGCAUCAGGUAUAGAGAGUGCCAAAAGAAUCACGCUGUGAGCAUCGGUCGACAUGCCUUGGACGGUUGCUGUGAGUUCAUGGCGGCUGGGGAGGAAGGCACCCUUGACGUCCUCAAGUGCGCUGCCUGCAACUGCCACCGUAACUUCCACCGCAAAGAAAGUACGGACGGCAGUGGCGCAACCUCUGUAUCCGAUCACCACAACAAUUACAAACUCUACCACCACGGCCACCAAUUCUCCUCAUCCCCUUACUAUCGAGCUCCACAGCCAUCUGGGUACCUCCACCACUUAAAUACGCCUCAGGCCCACCGUUGCCGGCCUCUGGCCCUUCCAGGAGUCACCUCCAGCGGCGGUCAGAGCCGAGAGGAGGGUGAGGACGCUUCGAUUCCGAGCAGUAGCGGGGGCGGUGGUGGGUCGAAGAAGAGGUAUCGGACCAAGUUCACGGCUGAGCAGAAAGAGAAGAUGCUGGAGUUCUCGGAGAGAAUUGGGUGGAGGAUUCAGAAGCACGACGAAGCUACGGUGGAGCAGUUUUGCUUAGACACUGGAGUCAAUCGCCAUGUUCUAAAGGUUUGGAUGCACAACAACAAGCAUACUCUUGCUAGAAAACCCUAGAAUACAUAUAUAUAUAUAUAUUCAAAUGGGGUUUUGCUUAAUUUGAUUCUACCUAUACAUAUAGAUGAUAUGGUAGAGGAAGAGGUAGUUUGAGGGAAUUUCUACUGUGAAAAUUUGACCAGCACUAUUAAUUUAUUUACUAAUUAAUCAUCAUGAUCUAACUAGCUAGGAUACUCAUUAUAUAUUCUCGCUAGCUGUUCUUAAUCCAGUUGUCUGGCUAGCUUUUUUAUUUUUGUUUUCUUCCGAUUUGAUUUUUGUUUAAUUUGUGUUAACAAAUUAAGCUAGAGUUGCUCAAACUUGUCAGUAGAGCAUUUUAUCCGA